AUGUUGGAAACUGAAAGAGAAAUGAGUACCCGAGAACGGUUUUUUAAGAAGCUUAUGGAAUCGGUGGAAGGAAAAAAAGACAAUCAUUAUAAUAUCAUUACUAAAGAUGCUUAUGAUUCGCUUCUAAAAGAGGUUGAGGAUGCGAUAUCAGCCACUAAAAAAACCUCUGCUCAAUAUAGAAGGAUCAAGCGAUUCAAUGUUUUGGAAUUUGGCGAUACAAAAAAGCUGGUAACCCGCGGAGAGCCAGUCAAAUAUUAUUUGCCGAUGGAAGACAUUUUUGAUGUCAUUGAUUUGUCACAUAUCGCUAUAGGGCAUGGAGGGAGAGAUCGUCUGAAGGUUGAAACUUCAAGAAAGUACGCCAACAUUACCACUGACAUGAUAAAUAUUUUUUUGUCUCUCUGUGAAACGUGCCAGAAAAAGAAAAAACUAGGAAAGAAAGGACUCGUUUCGAAACCAAUUUUGGCAUUUUGCACACUGAAUUAA